AUGUACGUAGUACUGCGAGCUGCAAACAAGAACGCGAAGAGUUGCUUUAAUGUGCAUUACUGGAUGGGCAUGGAGCGUGCGAAGGUAGUCUUAGUGUGUUUUGUUCAUGGGUUCAUAUUUGCCGUAAUACGACUAUUUUUUCCAUUCCGUUCUCUAUAUUCUAAAUGUUGCACAUGAUCGCCCCAGUUAUAAGUUUAUCCAUAGUGGCCCCCGAGUAAACAUCCACUUUCAAGGGGGACGGGUCCUUUUAGAUUUAUUUAACAUCACAAUAGAAUAGUCAUCACACAACUUUGCAAUCGUUCAGAAUCCCGAAUUAAAAUGUCCGAAUGCUUCUAGCAAGUUGCUACACUUUGGAAGAUGCAUGGGGCUGGCAGGAAUUUUGACUUCUGAACCACUGGUAAAUUUAGGGGUUGAGUAAUCUGUUAGAUGCACGAGACCAGAUAAGUCCUUUAGUUCAUUUAAAAAACAAUUUUUCAGUAUAGAAGGAAAUAAAGAUCAAAAAGAGAUCUUCUUUGUUAGCGUAUCGAGUUUCCCUUUGAUCAUCCAGUGUCCACAAAAGCCCCAGUGUUCUAAUUCAAAGUGUUUAGUCGAAAAUGGGCGUAUAGGCGUCCUGGACUUGUUUUUUGAUGAUUUAAGCAUAAUAUUGUGCUAGAAACGCCAUGGAUUUCGGCUUUAAAAUUAUCUACCAAAAUUAUUGUUUAUACACCCGGUCAUAUUACCAACUCAGGAUGACAAACAUUUGUUUUGCCUUCUUCAAAAUUCCAGCAAUGGAUCCUUUCUAAAUAUUUUCCUCAGUGGGGGUCCAGGAGGAAAGUAUUAGAAAUUUAAAGAAACGUAAAAUGUUAAUGACGGAAAUGUUGCCAAAUGUUGACUGUCAAGUGACGAAUUGGACGUCCGCAGAAAGUGCACGUUUCAAACGUCAAAUGCUUAAAACCAAUCCAAAUGCGCGCUCAGGCAAAAGAAUGCUGAAUGCUGUCUACCAAAAUCUUAAUUUUGGAUAGCAGACUAAUGCGGCAUUAUAGGAGCCGUGUCAGCCAACCGCAGGCCGUAAGCCUCCCUCCUCGAGUGGGCUUCCAUAUCUCUCCGGUUUUUCUACGUUUAUGGUCGUAUAUUAUAUGUUGAUACCGUGGUACUUGGCCAGCCCUGUCAGUCGUGCAUAUGCAGGUUUGACGGUCACAACUAAACUGCUGCCUGUAUGUUUGCAGGUAAGGUUUCCUAACCUCUACUCUAGUUACCCGAUCUUCAUCUGGGCGUGACAUCGCCAAAAUUACUUUGAAGUCCACAGGAAACUAGGCAGGUAUUGCGCAGGUCAUCCUCGCAUUCAUAUAUCGGUUCUAGCUGCCCACACGAUAGUGCCGGUCCCCAUGCGAAGCCAUGUGGUCGACUCAUAGUGUGGCGUCACCCACGCCUCCCGAGUAAACUCUACGACCGCUUGUAUUUUUCAAUUUGCAGACAUCAGACACUUCUCCGCCACAGAAGGUCAUGCAGCUGAUGUCAUCCCUCGAGAACCGUGCGGUGUUGCAUCGAGAAAUUGAGGGUCAUGAAUCCCCGCUAUUCAAGAGCUACUUCAAAGUCUUCGGGUAGGUACUGAGAUCCACGACCUAAAACCUACCUUUGAGCAUAAACUCGUACGGUCAGGUAGCCAUUUUUAAUUUUUUAUGAUAUGAAAAUUCCUCCCCUCUGUUGUACUCUCGAGACACCACGUCCCCACCCGGAUAUCGUCGUGCAACGAGAAUGCACCUUACAAAUAACUUGUAAGUAUCCUUCAUCGCCUUGAAUGGAAGGAAUACGAUCGAUUGCGUAUACUAUGACUAGUAUGCCCAGUGUACGUCUCGGCUAGGGAAGCCUUCAUUUUUAAGCUCACUGCGAAAGAUAGGUUCCAUCCCCGGUGGUCGUCGCCUCCGAGCUCACAAUAUACAGCGACUGAUUUCAGUUGCAACACGCAAUAUCGAUGAAGGUGGGGACGAUGGAUGACUGCAAUCUCGGAACUUUUUCGCCGUUUUAGUGUGCAAAGCGGAGCCGCGGAUCAUAUCUUCAACCCAGCAAACCCUGCAGCCUACAGACCAAGGCUGCUGCACUUCCAACUGAACGCUGCAAAAACAAGGGUCGCAGUCUUUGAAGUGCCCAUCAGCGUCAGAUCGUUGACCAACCAAGAUGUCUUCAUCUACGAUGAGGGCACGAAGAUGACUCAGUGGAACGGAAGUAGGUGUGACGAGGAGGAGCGGAUGGCCGUAAGUUCUUUGCAUUUCUUCCCUUAAUGUAAUUCUGACAAUUUUGCGGAAUUUCCAGGCUGGAUUCCACGAGUUCAGACAUUUGAAAACUCCCAAACAUCUACCGUUGUAUACCUAGUAGUUGUGUUAAAUAUUUGCGCGAUAUACAGUGAAAGAUCUCAGGAAAUGUUAACUAAACUUCUUAAAUGCGGUUUUGAUUAGGAAAGAUUAGUUCAGAGGGCUUGUUUGACUAAUUAUCUUGCGACAAUCUCAUGACAUUUCAGACAUGCAGGGAUGUUAGCUUUUGAAUGCACUUCUUUUUGACCACCUAAAAAACUGCACCGGGUUAAAAGUUACUGCUUAAAUUGCGCGCAUUGUUCUGCUGCCUUUCUAUUUCCCUGUAAAUUCUAAUACACUUUCUAGAAAACAGGCACAAAAAUAGCUCUUUAUGUUUACUCGGUAAUAAAUCACUUUUGUUCAACUGUACACUCAAAGGAAGAGUAUAUUUAGGUUUGUAAAAAGGUUUUUAAUUUCUGAAUAAUUUUGAGCCGACCUGCUGUUGCAAUAGCGUCUGGAGUUUUCAUUCCACAAGUUGAAUACUUUUCGUGUAAGAAAAAUCAGGCAUUCCUCCUAGGCACUUAAGAAGAUACGACGUGGGACUCAUCAACAUUUUAGUGGAUGUGACGUAUUUUGUAUGUUUCAUGAGGAGCAUCAAUAAACGGACAGAUGCGCGGUCGUUAAAAAUCUCAUAAUUGGACACUUUUCAGUGUGCAAUGAUUUACCGUACCAACAACACAGGUAUUAGCUAAAAGCCCAGGCACGCGGGUUUUGCCGAUCUUAUGCCGCUGCCUGACGCAGCUGCGAGGGGUUCGGCUCGUCAGUGGGUCCCCCAGCUUUCCCCGUGUGUUUUCUAUGGGCUUUUAGCUAAUACCUGUGUUGUUAACACGGUAAAUCAUUGCACAGUCCUAUACUACUGGCUGCCUGUUGGCGGUUUGUGAAUAGUAAGCGGUUAUUCCGCAGCAGCUGAUGGAUUUCAGCUCAAAUAUUCAUAUUAAACUUUGGACCGUGCCUGAAAAGGCCAGUAUCGAAAGAUGUACUCUAACUUCGCGCAUAAAUUUCCUCGGAAAUUAAACAAGGCACACUUUUAAGUCUUAAAUAUACCCUUUCUUUGAAGAUAAAGUUUGCAGAUGUGAUCAUCUAUCAAACAAGUACAAAAAGCAUAUUUUUGUGAAUGAUUUCAUAAAUUAUGUUUGAAUUUAGAAGGCACCGAAGAACAAUAGCAAGGAAGCAUACUAAUUUAGUCAUCACUUUUUACAGGGUCUGGUUUUUUCAGACAGAUGAAAAGAAGUGCAUUCAAAAGCCAACGUCCUGGUGCGUCUGGAAAAUUAUGGGAUAAUGUCGUAAGAUAAUCAGACUUACAGCUCUCUUUCAAUAAUACCCCCUAAUCGAAAGCACAGUUCAGAUUUUCAAACCACAUUUCAUGAGAUCGGUCACCGACUGUGUCCUCUUCCAGCCAGAAACAGGUAUCUUUUGGUGUAAAGAAAAUAACGGAAAAGUCAGCGAAUAAAGGAUCCACGGAAAUCCGAAUGGCCAUUUAUGCCACCAUUAAUCAUGAACGGACACCCGAGAACUGAACUCGAGGCAAUCAUAGAAACUCAACUAAGGCGUAAAUGCGACUGAAAACCUGCCGCCUCAGUAUAAGAUAUGGUGUUAAUGGCCAAAUCACUUUUCAGACGAAAAUGUUGAAUAUAAUUAGGGACAGUCAGGUAGAAUCGUUGGCAAUUGUGAAAAAAGACCAGCCUCAGACGCCGAAGUAAAGACGUACUAGAAUUGCGAUUAUGACCCACUCUCCUAAGAAACGUUUCAUACACAGGAGGAAUCGGGAUUCUGUUUGGGUGUCUGUCAGUACUUUGCCUCGGAAUUAGGCGGCUGAGCAGCAUUCGGCAGGUCUAAUUUGUCCAAACUGGACCAGGCGCUGUGAAAUUAAAUCUGUUAGCUUAGAAGGUCAUUUCUAGCUUUCCCUCAAGGGCGCAACUAUACUUCACAUUCUAGUAUCUUUCACGAUUUCGGAAACGGUGCCAAACUUUUCUCAUCAUUCCGCCCCUCUCUAUUCACUAAAAACAAGAUACAAGAGCGAGCUUUUAUUGCUUUACGGUAUCAGGAGGUGAUCCUUCUCUUGUUGGUUAGUAGAUGAACUGAAUAAAUAUGGAAACAGUUUGAGCCAUUUAAUUCUUGUCCGCCAAAGAAAGAGAAACCGACAGGGCGACGGGCUCGUGACCCAGUGGUUAGAGGCGUGGACUUCAAACUAGCCGAUCUAGGGACCUCUGCUUCUGCGGCAGCCACUCACAUAACUGCAAAGUUUCCAGGAUCAGAUUAACUCGGCAGUGACAGUCAAUGAUCUCAACUAGCUGCGGGAUGAAUAGUUUGCAGGGUUUGUUUUAAAGGGUGACUCAAACCUAUCACAGUUUUCUCUCCAAACCUAGAAUUUCUGUAAGGCACUUUUUUGUCCUGCUGCACAAAUAAAUGGAAUACAAAUUUCUGUCCCCCGGGAUGACGAAUGUGAUGUUAUUCGUGACUUUUAACCUCGUAACCCUCUUACCUAGAGUGUUCUCAAUCUAGGGAUGUCUGGCUAAUAGAGUACAUCAUUGCCGUACAGGGGACAUCUGUGUCGCAACAAAUCUAGUCGCAGCUUUUCAUUCGCUCGAGUAUAAUCCUCCCUCUUAUAUGGGACAUUCAGUCUGAGAGAUAGGGAGAGAGAGGAAGAGAGAAAGCACACAUUAUUUCAUCCUGCGAAGGAGCAAAAACGCACUUGUGGCCUCCACCCAAAUGUACUUUGAAGCCUUCUUGUUUGUUAUUCUUACACCAGCUGCUGCUCAAAGCGAAGCCCAGGGGGUGGGACGGAGUACUUAACGGUCUGUAACGAUGAUAACAUAAUCAAACCGGAAAUAAAUGGCCGGCGUGACUCCUCUCCCCCCUCGCCCCAUCACAUCUGUUCAGUCUCAUUCAGAUAUUCGUCGAGGAGGACGCGGUGUGCCAGCUGGGUGAUAUCUAAACUCCCACGGGGGAGGACAUCAUGCGUGUAUCCAUCUAUACCUAAAUCCCAGCAGAUAGGUCAUGUACACAACAGACUGCUGAUAAAAAUUAACUAUAAUCGUCACUGGAUCUGCUCCCCUUCCUGUCAGCUGAGCGUUCAUUUCCCGCCCCCAGGCCCCGUCUCCCCUCCCCCCGCCCUAGUUCUACAACUUCACGUCACGGGCGCGCGAGCAGGUAGCAGGGGAUAUUUGUCCUUUUCCGAUCAGAGCAAGCUGGCGAGAGCGGGAUGGAGGUGGAAAGAGUUAGGCAGCAUUACUGGCGAAUGGCUAAUUUGGUUUUAUUUGCUGCUACAAGCUUAACACCCAGUGAGGAGUUCUUGGCCUCGGGGCAGGUGGAUGGACACUACCGCCGUGCGACCUUGAGCCAAUGACGGAAAAAUGUUACCAAAUCGAAGCGGAUCAAGCGCCUGAACUUCCAGAGCUGCGUCUACGGCCUGCCCCGUCGAUGAUGGCCAAAAAGUCAUAUCCGAUUUUACUUUUUUUUGGUAGGGGGCGCUCACCGAUCGUUCUUACGGAACUCACUCGUUCCGUUGUGCCUUAUGGGCUCUCUUUCGAGCCCAACCAAUAGAACGAGUAAGUUCCGUAAGAACGAUCGGUGAGCGCCCCCUACCAUUGUAUAGUCUCGAUCGAAAACCGACAGUGCAACAGGCUCGUGGCCCAGUGGUUAGAGGCGUGGACUUCUAACUAACAGGUCGCGAGUUCGAGCCUCGAGUGUUCCACACUUCGGGGUUGAGUAUAACUGACUGACGACGGCUAAUAAGCCCGAAAUGGCCAUUCCAGUCUCCCUUGUCUUUGUCGGUAAUAACAUAAUGCUUACUUUCCUUUGUCAAUUACACUUUUGCAUUACCGACUGUUUGUCGCUUCGCGACCGCUGCCUCAGUUCUCGAUUGGGGUUCUAACCAGGAUUGAUCGAGAAACCCGUCUGCAUCCACAUUACCCUAAAAUACCGGGAAAAAGAUAAUCCGGCGUCAUAAUAGUAUCUCGUACUCGGCGCUACGAAAAUAUCUCUUCUUUGCAAAUUGACUAAAACUGGUGCGGUGACGGCGCACUUCUUGGCACCUAAUGCGCUCAAGACGGGCCUAGACGGUGCUCUGACCGCAAACAUCCAACAAAAAAUUUAUUAUCAAUUUAACCUUUUCUUUUUGUCCAAGCCUAUUUUAUCGGAUUUUUUCGGUUAAUUUGUUCACGUUGUAAACCUUCUCCUGGUUCAGGCACGCAAAUACAUCGAAACGGCUCUGAAAAGCAGGAAAUGCAAGUGCACUUCAGAGUUUCUGGAUGAAGAGGACCUGCUGCCACAGGUAUGCCUGAAGCCUGUGAUUCUUUUGAGACAUAAACUAAAGCGUUGCUAGAUUAUUGGGUAUUUUAUCCUGUGCUUUGUCUUAUCAGUCAGUCCCUUCUAGCUGAGCCAGUUAUUGGUCAUAUUUUUAACAUUACAGGGUGUGACACUUUGAUUAUAGACAGACUCACUGGUUCUCAGGUCAACUCAUUUCGAACCAAAAAAUGCAACUGACGGCUUGACCCGACCUCAACAACCCUGCUUUACUGAACAGAUAUCCUUGUAAACGAAAGCAGGACAUUGAAUAUGUACAACGUCGAUAAUUAAGAGUCCAUUCUAAUGCGACCACCUUCUCGGUCUGCAUGCCAGUCGUCUUUGAUGCUGCGACAGCCAUGCAUCGAGUUUUUGCUUAGAAACUCCAACAAGCUGGUCUCUUAGACUGCCUUAAGCGUCAAGAAUAAGGAAACAUUCGAAAAGUAUUGUAAACAAAAGGCGGACGCUGAAAUGGCCUUUUCUUAUUACUUUUCUGCCAUCAGUUAAUAACAGUCAGUCUCGGAUGACGGUAAAGCCAAGGACUGAACCCCAAUUAAUCGAUCAUCGAGCAGCGUUCUAACCCCAGUCGAUGACUAUGCCGUCGUGUUGGGGUGGUAUUGGCCGAUUUUUCCUUAUUACGGGACGGGAAAGGCACUCAUGCGCUGCCUGGUCGCUGAGGCUCUACAACUCACGUAGGCGGUCAUAUGGCAACUGAAAACUAAUCAAUAACACUUCUUGAUCAGUGACUGCUCGUCUGUAUGCUACCGAGAUAAAGCAAAAUGCUGACUUGAACCAUAUAAUAAGGAGGGCUAGGUGUACGCGAAUCUGCCCUGACAGAAUAAUCUCCAUCUCAGGCGAUAAGACACCAGGCCGUCGACCGGUGGUGUUUGCCGGCUGGAGUUCAAGGCCAAGCACUGGGGGAUGAGCCAUCACAGUUUUCCUACAUGUGCCCGAACUGUGGUUAGUUACUAGGUAAGAAGGUCUGAAAACGUGUGUUAUGCCUGUGUCAGAAAAUCACAGCUCUCGCAGCCUGGUAUGCGCUGGCAGUCCCCGACACCUGGCUCCCUGCCGGUAGAUGCGCUUGCGCUCCCACUGGGUAUAUAGGUGGUAGGCAUGACGGUCCGGUCAUCAUCCCCGUCCUCCUCACCCCUGUUGGGGUGUUGUUGUUGUUCAUGAAAAAUCCUGGUCAAGUGUAGGUUGUGAACCAGAAGGAGUGGGGGCACGCCUAGGUACGGGUCCGGCCGCGUCAGUCAUCCGCGCCCUCCCCCGCCUCCGGUUUUUUGUACCCUGUCUUGACACCGGAUCUAGGUGGAGGUGGAGGAGGAGGAGGUGGAGGAGGAGGAGGAGAAGGAGGAGGAGAUAGUGCGGUAGAUGCUGCGCAAGUCCACAUUUGUUAUAGACUAAUUCAAGCGCAAAUCACCGUGUCUGCGUCACCUUUCAGCGGAGCUCACGGUGGACAUCGUCGGAAACGACGGCCGAACUGUCGGUUAGUUGGUAUGUGUUGGUCGGCAUGCCAUCUCAUGCGUGCCUCUAGUCCUUAUAAGCCACCGUGACGUGGAUGUGCUCACCUAUGUCCUACAAUCGUGACUGAUCGAUGCUCACGUAGUACCUCAUUUGAAGCAAACUCAAAAGAUCGACAGAUUAGUUCUGUGUUGCAGCAAACCUCUUCUGUUUUUCCGACGGUCCCUAUGUCUCUUAAUUUGCCAAACGAAAUGUCCUAACUUUGAAAAACGCAGACCCUGUCAAGAGUCUGUUGUGCAUCUAAUCCCUCAGGGACAUCUUUCACACUUGCUGAUGGCGUCGCUAGUCCCUAAAGAUUUUUACUUCACGGGCACUAUUCAUUAAAAUUAACUUUAUUAGCCAGUCUGUUUUUUUUUCUCAUCCCAGAAUGAAUUCUCCAAAAAACUGGGAAAUGCUGCUGUGCCUCCUUCACCGGAUAAGGAACAGAGGAGGAACUUUCAAAAAACACUCUAUAGGUGAGUUUACAAGGCAACGAUCGGUCGUCUGAACUUCUGCAUACACACCGGCAUGACUGUUUGGCUGCCGUAAAUUAUUUUUGCCCAUGUGUACACAUACUGGAAAUGUACAAAGGAGCUUAAUGUCUUUUUAGGCUCUCAGACGAGUCCAGGAAGUUGGUAAUGAACAAGGUCUACACCGGUAAGGUCUAUCGUUCUGGCAUCAACAACGACGACGUGACCUUCGUGGAGACCUUCGAAGUCCUCUACGGUUACAUCGGCCAAGGUGCAUCAGAAAAUGAGAAAGCAAACACCUGGGACCAAGCUAUAGUAAGAUGAUUUACUUUCAUCAAAUUUAAAUGGUUUUCCAGACAGACAUUAGCGGCUUUCUGCUAAGUUACUUGCUCAAGGGGCGUCUGUGUGUAGAAACGCCUUAUGCAGAAAAACGUUGAUCAGGAAGCAGCCAACUUUUAGUGCUCUUUAAGCGAGCGUUGUACUACUUACAGAACACUUUUGUAGUUAUACCCUCAUUUAGACCUUUAGAAUGAAACACUCUCAUGCGCGGUAAUUAAAGCCUGCGGAUAGCGACUUCCUUAUCAGCAACAGUUAAGUUCUCCUUGUUAUUUUUUCAUGACAAGCUGGAAUUUUUGACAGUAAUGAAACUUAAGGUGUAUUCUUCUCCAAGAACGGAGAGAAUUGCGUAAUUUUGUGAUGAAACAAAUGUAAGAGUUUUUCUGUUUUAGUAAGUGUGAAUAAUAUAAUUAGGAGUGCGUAAAAACAGCCGUUAUGGAGGCUGAAUAAAGAAUGGCUUUACGGGACAUUGAGAGGUCUCAUAAUUUUAUUGGCAUGAGCAUGGCGUUUAAAUGCUAACAACAUCGAAAAAAUGUAUUUUAGGAUUUAGUAAGCACGUCAGUAGUGAGUUUCAUCCUUCUCAGAACGAGAGUGGUAGUAAUAGUAGUAGCGUUAGUGGACACAACACUGGCCCCGCAUGAUAGAAACGGAAGUUUGCGCCAAAUAAGGUGCUAGACUACAUGUUCAUGAUUGCCGAGUUUAUCAAACCUUCUGGCUAGACUGUCGUUUUGAGAUUUAGCUGUGUUGGCGGGCGUACUCGUCAGCUAAUUAAUAACAUUUUCACUUCGUAUUCGAAGAACAUGGGUCUGCAGCAUUUAACUACCAGUCAUGCAGUUUAUAAGCCAGAUGCUGGGAAAACGUUUUCAAAAAUUAUCACAGAUUAAUCCCAUUUCCUUUCAGAUACCUUCCAAAAUAAACAACAGAAUUCUAUCAGACAUUACGCGCCUGAUAUUUUUAUCGGGUUUUUAUUAGUACCAAUACAACGUCGUUUAUAACCCUUUAGAUAUCGGAUCAAAGACACCUGGUAAUUUCUUGGUUAACAAUGAAUUCUACGUCGAAUUUACCUCGACGCAAGAUGAACAGAUGCAUAUUUUUCAUGAGUCAGCUUUCUAAUUACAACCCUUCACUUGCCGCAAGAACUAAAGUAAACUAUUUCUUGAAAAAAAUAGACCAAACUAAGUCACAGUCUUACCACCAGGCCCACAAACAGUCUGCAGUCGGUAACGACGAGAGGAUGGUUUAAAUUUCGGUGAACACACGAGGGAAAACUGACUUGAAAUUUGAUUAGGAAUUAGAGGGCAUUUCUCAUCUUACUAAUUGUUUUUUUCGUGGUUGAUUACAUUCAAGCAGUUUUAUUAAAAGCUUUUCUACUGCUCCCCCCCCAUUCUCCUUUCAGAAAUAUUUGAAAGACGUUAAUCGGCCCUAUAAAGCAAUCGCCGUGUUCUCUGCCGGCUCGUACCUGCAGGAAUUCAACGAGAUCUGGGAUGACGAUAGACAGACGGUUCUGUGA